CAGAAAGUGCCACGACUCCAAAAUUCAGCGGCGAUUCACAAUCAUCAUUUGGUCGCAGGAUCAGGAUUAGGAGGGACAAGACUGAGCAAAGAUGGAUGUGUAUGACCCUCAAACUCUUGGAAUUGUGGUGUUUGGUGGAUUUAUGGUCUUCUCUGCCAUUGGCAUCACGCUCGUCUCGACUUUUUCCAUGAAGGAGACAUCUUAUGAAGAAGCCCUGGCCAAACAACGACAAGUGUCAAGCAAGACCCCAACCCAACGCUCUGACAAGAAGAAAAAGACAUCUGAAAAGAAAAACAAGGCCAAGAAGAAGGAGGACAAACCCAAUGGGAACCUUGCAGAAUCUGAACUCGAGUCCAGCCCUGAAACGGAACCUGUUGUUGAGAUCAGUGAACCUGAACCAGAACCCCAACCUGAAUCUAUGGUCGUUCCCGAGCCUGAAGUUUUAUCCAAGCCAGCUGUACCUGAACCAGUUCCUAAGGUUGUUAAGUGUACUUCCCCUCCCGAUGUAAGUGCUGUGGUGGCCCCAUCUGCUCCUUCCCCAAAGGAAAAGAAGAAGAAGAAAGUGGCCAGGGUGCAACCAGCACCUUUCAAGCCUGUGGAGGUCCCAGAGUUUGUAGUUAAAGAGGAACCAGUGGGCACCAAGGUGGCUGUGAAAGCAGAGGUUGCUCCCCCUAAGCCUGAAGAACUCAAGCAAGAACCCAAACCUGAAGCUUCAACCAAGAAGAAGUCCAAGAAGAAAGCUGAUCCAGUGGUGACUGUAGAGACAGUUGAUGCCCCCCAGCUGUCACCAUAUAAAACUCUGGUCUCCAGUCUGAACAGUGCAUCGCUGAAUGAAUCAGAGAUGCAGAAACUCUUGGAGAUCAUCAGCAAGAAGGCAGGAAAGGACUCCUGGCAAUUGGCCUCUCAGAAAGGUGACCCAUUAGCAGUGUUAAAGAAACAGCUUGAGGACAAGGGAAAGCAGUUGACUUCUGAGCAAGACAACGUAGCUGCAGCCAAGACACGUGUCCGCGAGCUUACCAAGGAGCUGAGUUCCGCAAAGAGCAAGAUUACAUCUGUGGAGACCCGUAUGAGCUCUGAGCUGAGUGCCCGUGGGCAGGAGAUCACAGCUCUACAGGCUCGUAUGCAGGCAUCCUACAAGGAGCACGUCAUUGAGACACAGCAGCUCAACAGCAAGAUCCAAAGCCUGCAAGAGCAGUUUGAGAAUGGACCAAAUGCUCAACUUGCCCACCUGCAGCAGGAGAACUCCAUUCUCAGAGAUGCCCUCAACCAAGCCACCAGCCAAGCAGAGAGCAGGCAGAAUGCAGAGUUAGCAAAGUUGUGUCAGGACUGUGUGCGUCUCAACCAAGAGUUGAACGAGCGCACAGUUGCUCAGCAUGCAGAUGAAGAGCAUAGAAAAGCUCUGGACAUAAAGAUGGUGGCUGCUGAAGAAAAGCUUGCACAAAGACAAGCAUCUAGUGUGGAGGCUGAGCAAGCUCUGCAGCAGAAGCUGGAUCGAGUCAGUGAGGAGCUCCGUCAGGCUCAGGACAACAGCACUGCCCUACAGGCUGAACUAGACGCAGCAAAAGAGCAAACAAAGACCCUCACUGAGCUCCAAGAGCGUAUGCGUGUUACAGAGGCAGAUCUGAAGGACAAAUGUGAAGAACUGGAGAUGCUGAAAGCACAGCUGUCUCAAACAACACAGGGCACGAAGGAAAAGACCACUGUGGAGACAGAAGUCCCUGAGAGUCUGAGAGACAAUUUAGAGGAAGUUGAACAAUUGAAAAGCAGUCUGAAAGAGAGGGAGGACCAGCUGACAUUGCUGGAGGCGGAGCUUGCGCAGCUGAGGGAGGAGUUUGACACAGUGCAGAAGGAUCAGGCUGAGGCAGCUCAGAAUAGAAUAAAUGAGGCAGAGACAGAGAAGAGAGAAUACACAGCUGAGAUCGAACAACUGAAUACAAGUCUGAAAGAAAAGGAGGAUUUGGUGGCAUCCCUGCAGGCUCAAAUUGAAAAGAUGGAAAGUACAGAAAAUGUUGAAGCAGAGCCACCAUUUGAAAUUCUGGAGAAGGAUGCUCGCAUGAUCUCACUGGAGGAAGAGCUUCAGCAGCUGAAAGAAGAAGUGGAACGAAUGAAGACCAAGAGCAAUGAACUGCGGGAGAAGAACUAUACCGCAGUGGAGGCUCUGGCUGCUACUGAGAGACUGAGUGAAGAGAGACUGAACCAGGCUAGGGCUGCACAGAGUGAGGCGGAGCAGCAACUGAGCUCUUUCCAGACAGAUGCAAGAAAUGCCCUCCAGAAACUCUUCCCUCACAUCACAAUUGAAACACAUCAGAGUAACUGGCUGGAAGCAUUCACACAUGAAGCUCAGGUGAGCCUCACACACAAUCAGCAGAGUCGAACAGAACAGCAGCCAGAAACAUCAAGCACAGAAUUGACGGAACUGCAACAGAAGCUCGCCCAAUCAGAGGAGAGUCAGAGGUCGAUGCAGGCCGAGUGUGAGCAGUACAGAUCCACUCUCAGUGAAAUGGAGAACAUGCUGAAAGUUCUGCAGAAGAGUGUGGAGGACGGGGAGCUGGUGUGGAAGUCAAAGAUCUCCAAUGCAGAGGAGCAGAAACAGGCGGCCCUGGAUCAGGUGAAGGUGCUGGAGGAGACAAUCGAGACGAUGAAAGCGGAGAGACAGGAUACAGAUCAGCUGAAGGGUCAGGUGAUGCUGCUGGAGGCACAGCUGGAGAAACAGCUGGAGUCCAUAACCAUCAGUCAGAUGUAUGCAGAAGAAAUGUCUCAGAUGAAUGCAUUGUUAUCAGAAACUCAGAGCCAGCUGGAAUCAGCCAAAGCAGAGGCUCAGAAACAGAAAGCAGAAUUUUUAUUGGUCAGACAGGAGCUGCAGGAAGUGACUCAACGCAUACAGAAUGAGGAGAGCACACAGUCCACUCAGGUGCAGACGCAGCUGGAGGAGGCAACGCAUAAACUGCAGACAGAUGAGGACAUUAAACAGCAGCUAGCAAAUGACUACGAACAGGCACAGAAGUGUGUGCGGGAUCUCGAGGUCCAGUUAGAACAGUUGAAAUCUGCUGAAGAGGGAGCAUCUGAAGAGCUCAAGGAGAGACUGGAGAAAGAGAGGAAAUUGACGCGAGAUCUUGGCCAGGCAGCCACUAAACUGCAGCAGCUUCUGAAAAGCACUCAGGAAGAGCUGGCCAAAGAGAAAGAGACAGUGAAGGGUCUACAGGAACAGCUAAAGGACAAGGAAGUUGAAGAGACAAAAGAAGGGACAUCUGUCUGACAAUAAAUUCAAUCAAAUAAACAACCCAAAUGCCAUUAACUGUGCCUAUGCAUUAUUUGCUUUGUAUUCUCUCUUACUGUUGCAAUUUAGCAAAUAUUAUGUCUGUUUAGGAAAUUGAAAAACAAGGGAGCAAAUUUUUUUUUUUUUUUUUUGAGCCAUUAAAAGGUGACUGAAACGUUCCCACAAAACCGUUCUCAUUGUUAAAGAAAAGGGAGAAGUGUUCAUGUGAGCGAUACAUGACUUGUGCAAUUAUGUCUUUUGUUUGUAUGCUCUCAUGGGAUUCAAAAGAAGGAACAUUUCAUCAUGCAGCAAUGCAAACUUUACACUUUGUAGUUGUCUGCUGACAAAUGUGAUAAAAUUAUAAUAAAAAACAAAAUAC